AUGGCUCCAAAGUACGACCUGGGUUACCUGCCUAGUGUGGAUGGUUCUUGUCUCUACCGAGAUGAUGGAACAACGGUUAUUGUCGGUGUCACGGGGCCGACGGAUGUAAAGACAAGUAAACAGCUCUCGUCCGCUCGCAUAGAAGUAGACUUUGGUUCUUAUGGAACUCUUAAUCAGAGCGGCAAACGACGAAUGAUUUUGCUCUUGCUACGGAAGAUAUGCGAGUCUGCUGUCUCGGUUCAACUUUAUCCGCGGACUUGCAUUACCAUCAUCGUCAAAGCAUUGUCGGACAAUGGCCGGCUGAUGGAAGCAUGCAUCAACGCUACGUGUCUUGCCCUGUUGGACGCUGCGUUGCCCCUUAAGGACAUUUUCUGUGCUAGGACUGAAGUGUGGCCUGCUGAAAAUGAACCGAUAGCUCCAACAUCUGCGUCUGAUGAUGGCGAUGACCGACCGACAAAAUGCGCGAUGACCUUUGUGUUUCUUGAACACUCUUUACAGGACGUGUUCAGCUGCUUUACCGAUGGCAGUUUUACACUGGAUCAACUGCGGGUGUCACUACAGAAUGCCAGAACAACUUGCACAGAAACGUUUCGAUCUUUCCGCUCUCUGCUUAUCGAAAAGUACAACUUGAAUCCAUCAUGA